AUGGAGAAGGAGAGAGAGAGGAAAGAGAAGGGUGUCGACGAGGAAAAAAUGAAAGCGAAGCGGGAGGAGGAGAAAGAGGAGAAAGGGAAGAGGUGGGGAGGAGAAAGAGAAGGAACAGAAGGGGGAGGAGGAGGAAGAGAAGGAACAGAAGGGGGAGGAAGAAGACGAGAAACGAAGGAAGGAGGACGAAAAGCAGAGAAAUCAAGGGGCCUAGAAAUGCGGUCGGAGGGGGAGCAACGGACGGAGGAGGCGGCUAAAGUGGAGGGUAGGGAGGAAGCAGGGGGAGCAGGAGAGGAGGAAACGGAGGAUGAGGAGAAAGAGGAAGAAAGGGAAGGGGGAGGCGAAGACGAAAGGGGUUUACAAGGGCGAGAAAUGCAGUUGGAGGGGGAGCAAAGGAAGGAGGAGGGGGGAGUGGCGGUUGAAGGGAGGCUGAGGGAGGAAGCAGGGGGGGAAGGGGAGGCAGGGGGCGAGGAGGAAGGUGAGAAAAGGGAAGACGAAGAGGAGGAUGAGAAAGGGAAAGAGGAGACAGAAGAUGCCAGGGAGAACGCGGCAGAAGAGGAAGAUGAGAAGGAGAAAGAGGAAGAGAAAGGAAUGGAGAAAGAAGAGGAGGAGGGGGAGGAGGAGGAAGAGGAGGAGGAGGAGGAGUAUGUGUAUUUGGAUUUGAGCCAAGCGGUUAGGAGGCUGCCAAGAAAUUGCCGACUUAUUAUUGAGGUAAGUGGAACUUGGAGUCAGAGGCGCCAAUACUGCACCUGCCAGAUGGCAGCACGCUGGUAA